GAGACCGCGACAUCAUACCCUAGCAGUUGCCUGACUUUUGUUCGACUUCUCCCCGCUUCGAACUCUGAUUUAUUGCCUUGGGAUAAUUGCUACUUCACUGAGACCGUCAACAUGUCAACAUCACGCGACCGUGUUGAGGACACGUACGAACUACAGAAUGACCAAAGGCUGGAUGACUUGCACUCCAAGCUUCGGACGUUACGUGGUGUUACCACAGACAUCUAUAGCGAUGUCGAGAGUCAGAACACGACCUUGGACGAGUCGCGAAAUACAUUCACCUCCUUUGGUGCUUCUCUGGCACAGUCGUCUCGACGCGCGGGACAGGCGUUCGGGCUGACCCCGGGAGGGGUGAAGCAGUGGCGGACUAUCGGAUACUGUGUAGCAGCGAUCGUCGGGUUCUGGUUCCUCUGGAGGAUACUGCACUGGUGGUGGGCUUCACCGACUCCCUGAAAAUACGUACCAUCCUGCUCUUUGCUUGCUCUCUUGCCUGUACUCCUAACUUAUACCUUUCACUUGUUCGUGCAAUGCGUUGCUUGUUGACAGCGACCCGAUGCUUCCGCUCGAUGCCCUGAACGGCAACGCUCAGCGUGUAAUCGAUUAAUCCCUUAUGAAGUCAUUGUCUUCGCCAAUAUUACCAGACCUGUGACUUGUUUCCCGACGGCGACCUGUGAAACUAUUCGAGUGUUGCGCGAUGCGGCGGGCUUGUGCCAGUGAUUGAGACCGGCGAAGAACCGUACUUAUGGCAGCUAAUGUUACU